UGUGAUGUCCGUGUGUCCCCAAGUGCUUAAAAAUGGUCUUGCAAUGGUUCAUGCUGUCAGUAGAUGGCGAUAAUGCGCGAUAUUAGUUUGUGAUUCGCUAUUAGAGAAGAAGAUGAUGAUGAAGAAGAUUCUCCGCGCUGAAUGAGAAUAAAUGUGACUUUCAUCUCUUCUGUUUCUUCAGUGACUUCACAAGUUUUAUUUGCAGUGUUUAUUUUCGGCGGGAGAAUUGUAAAACUCCAGGAAACAAGUGAAAUCUGUGUGACACUGUUGUAAAGAUGUUUAUUAAAGAGGAGAGUGAAGAUAUGGCUUAUCCAGAAGCAUGCAGAAUUAAAACCGAACACACUGACGAACAAACAGUUCUUUCUAAUCACUAACCACUCAGGCUGAUGUCCAUGUUCAUACUGCCAGUCAACUUGUCCAGCAGACAUGGAGGAAAUGAAAGAGGAAAAACAAGAACUGAUAGAAGUAAAAGAAGAAAGUCAAGAACUGAAUGAAGUGGAGGAGGAACAUCAGGAUCAAAAUCCUCAUGUCAUUACUGGAGAAAAAUCUUUUAGUUGCUCACAGAAUGAGAAGAAUUCCUCACAAAACAAAACUCAAGCUAAAAAUUCCUUCACAUGCUCUCAGUGUGGAAAGAGUUUCACGUGUACAAGAUCCCUUAAUGUGCACAUGAGAAUUCACACUGGAGAGAAGCCUUUCACAUGCCCUCAAUGUGGAAAGAGUUUUACACGGAAAUACUGUCUUAAUAUACACAUUAAAAUUCACACUGGAGAGAAGCCUUUCACAUGCCUUCUGUGUGGAAAGAGUUUCACCCGAAAAGGAAGUCUUAAUAUGCACAUUAAAAUUCACACUGGAGAGAAGCCUUUCACAUGCCUUCAGUGUGGAAAAAGUUACACAAACAAAUCUGGCCUUAAAACACACAAACUGCUUCACACAGGAGAGAAGCCUUUCAAAUGCCUUCAGUGUGGAAAAGGUUUCACAUAUAAAUUUGGCCUUCAAAGACAUAUGCUAUUUCACACUGGAGAGAAACCUUUCACAUGCCUUCAGUGUGGUAAUAGUUUCACAUCUAAAGGAUCCCUUAAUGUGCACAUGAGAACCCACACUGGAGAGAAACCUUUCACAUGCCAUCAGUGUGGAAAGAGUUUCACAGGGAUAGGAAGUCUUAACAAGCACGUGAAAAUUCACACUGGUGAGAAACCUUUCACGUGCCCUCAGUGUGGAAAGAAAUUCAUUCGGAGAACAAAUCUCAACAUGCACAUUAAAAUUCACACAGGAGAGAAGCUUUUCACAUGCCCUCAGUGUGGAAAUUGUUACACAGACAAAUUAGGUCUUAAAAGACACAUUAAAGUUCACACUGGAGAGAAGCCUUACACAUGCCAUCAGUGUGGAAAGAGUUUUACAUGUAAAGGAUACCUAAAUGUGCACAUGAGAGUUCACACUGGAGAGAAACCUUACACAUGCCAUCAGUGUGGAAAGAGUUUCACACGGAAAGGAGGUCUUAACAUGCACAUUAAAAUUCACACGGGAGAGAGGCCUUUCACAUGCCUUCAGUGUGGAAAAGGUUACAUAGUCAAAUUAGGCCUUAGAAGACACAUGCUAUUUCACACUGGAGAGAAGCCUUUCACAUGUCCUCAAUGUGGAAAGUGCUUUAGACUGAAAGGAGAUCUUAACGUGCACAUGAAACUUCACACUGGAGAGGAGCCUAUGAUAUGCCUUUUGUGUGGAAAAGGUUACAUAGACAAAUUAGGCUUUAAAAGACAUAUGCUAUUGCACUCUGGAGAGAAGCCUUUCACAUGCCUUCAGUGUGGUAAUAAUUUCACGUCUAAAGGAUCCCUUAAUGUGCACAUGAGAAUUCACACUGAAGAGAAGCCUAAAGCCUAAAGGGUACUUCGAUUUUUAUGCGAAUGCUUGGCAUCUGUGUACAGUCGAACACUAGGCUUUGAAAAUAAUUUUCAUUGGACUAUUCGCACAUACACAGGCUGCUAUGAGAUACUAGACUACUUCUCUUCAGGAUUUAGACUAGGGAAGCACCGAUAUAAUUUCUGGGCUGAUACCGAUAACCAGUGUUUUUAAUCCUUUAACCUGGAACUAGCUAGCAGCCAGACUGCAAGUGCAGCGGUGGUUUGUGUGUGUGUGUGUGUGUGUGUAUAUGUAUAUAUAUAUAUGUGUGUGUGUGUGUGCGUGCAGUGUGCUCAUGCAUGUAUCAUUCACAGACUCUUAUUACAGCACUUAUCUGUAACAGUUCCAGUGCAUAACUUAUAAAAUGUGAACACAACAAUCGUGACAGAACAGGCUCAAUAGUGAGUGUUACCACCUUGUAGAACCAUUUAUUAGUGCAAAUAAUUCGAGGCGCAUCUGCAUACUGCGCGUUCAGAGAGUACGCAGUUAGAAAAAUCGUGCCACAUGCGUUCAGUGCUCAAGUGUUCUGCUCAUGACGAAAUUUGCAUCAAACGUUCUGUAUGCAGACGCUCAGCUUUCGCAUCUAACAAAGUAUCCUUUGGGCUUUACAUGUGCCAUCAGUAUAGACAGAGUUUCAGAAGGAUAGGAAGUCUUGACAAGCACAUGAAAAUUCACACUGGAGAGAAAACUUUCACAUGUCCUCUGUGUGGAAAGAGCUUAAAUCAGUCAGCUUAAAAAACAUGGAAGAGUUUAUAUUGGAGAAAAGCCAUAACCUUGCCCUUCCUGUGGGAAAAGUGUCAACCAAUCAAGGUCUUUAAGAGGUCAUGGUAAGGGCAAUGCCUUGUUGUAGUGAGCAAAUUGCAGGUACUGGAAUGUCAUUGCAUGUACAUGGUGUGACAUUGGUAUGAAAUUUAGAAUCCAAAAAGCUCAUUUGCUACAUUGCAUAACGUGAUAAAUCAGCUGUCUAACUAUGUAAGAGUUAGUAGGAAGUACAGCUGGGGGAUAUAGCAAAAACCAAUAUAAUGUGAAUAUGCUGUGGCUAUACAAAGUCUACACACCUGUUAAAAUGGCAGGUUUUUGUAAAAAUAUGAAACCAAGGUACAUCAUGUUAGAUCUUUUUCCACCUUUUAAUGUAAUAAUGCAACCAACUAAAUGUAAGCUUUGUGGCAGAAAAAAGAAAAUAAAAGACUAACAAUAUAACCUGGUUUCAUAAGUGUGCACACCUCUUAACUAGUGCUAAGCUGAAGCAACAUUUGCUUGUUAUACAGCACCCAGUCUUUUGAAUAAGAGUCUAUCAACUUUGCACAUUUUGAUUUGCCAAUUUUAUUCCACUCUUCCUUGUAAAAAGCUUCUGAUCAAUCAAAUUGUGAAGGGAUCUGCAGAGCACAGCCCUCUUCAAGUCAUUCUACAAGUUUGCAAUUGGAUAUAGUUCUGGACUGUUACUAGGUCAUUCCAAAACGUUAACCUUCUUUUUUUGAAGCCAUCCCUUUGUUGACUUGGAUCUGUAUUUGGGGUUAGAGGCCUGCACUCCCGUGGGACCCGACACAACAGAGUGCGGCAUGGGAAAGUUUUGAGUGUGGGUGCGGGGAGUGGAAGAUAGAAAUGACUUGCGGGACUCCCACAAAAUAUACAUUUCUAAAAAUAAAAUAAGUUACUCAGAUUUAUUUUGAUAAACUAACAGCUGCUUUCUCUCCCACUAUCGCGAAAUCUGCUUUAGGGCCGUCACUUUAUUCUCUCUCUCUCUCUCUCUCUCGUACUAACCACACACACACACACCCCCUCAUGUGUUAUAGGAUUAUUUUGAUUUCCAUAUCUAAUCAUAUCACUGUUUAGUUUGUAGUUGUAAGUCGGAAGUUUAUUGACUGCAUUGUAUUAAUUAUUAAUUUAUAUUACUGCAUAAAUAAAC